ACAAGUUUAAGGAAUAUGUAACGGUAUUUUUGUUUUCCCAAAUCAAAUUUCUAAUAUACUACCCAAUAUUUUAUUCUGGAUACAACACUUCUUAAAAUUACUUUCUUUGUCCAUGUUGAAUGCUAUGGAUGCCAACAGCACAAGUUCUGAGAACUUCUGGCCACCCCAUUUCUGGAAUCAAAUAAUAAUAGCAUUUUCUGUUUCUAUGGUCAUUGGACUUGUCAUUGGAAGCAUAAUCUGGGCUCUUUUGACUUGCCUGUCUAGUCGUAGAGCUAGUGCCCACAUUUCCCAGUGGAGUACCUCAUCAUCUAGCCGACGUUCCAGAGCCGCUCAUGGAUGCACUGCCAGCAGGCCCGGGUUCUACCGCAACAGCAGCUGUGAGCGCCGAAGCAAUCUCAGCUUAGCCAGUCUCACCUUCCAAAGGCAAGCGUCUUUAGACCAGGCUAAUUCUUUCCCAAGAAAAUCAAGUUUUCGGGCCUCUACAUUUCACCCCUUUCUCCAAUGCCCUCCACUUCCUGUGGAAACUGAGAGUCAGUUGAUUACUCUGGUACCUACCAGCACCACCACCACACUUACUGGAACUUCCACCAACAGCUUCUCUCAUCCAGAUUUCAAUUGGUCAAACAACAGUCUUCGUGUCUGCCAUUCAACGCAAACUCCACCUCCUGCUUAUGACUCUAUCAUAAAGGCUUUUCCAGACUCUUGACUUCGGUUCAUAAAAUGCUAUAUCAAGAAUCUCAGUUCUAUGAUUUUCUGUGGGCUCUGAAGAUACCUGUGAAGCUUACUAUUGCAAAAAGGAACUACAGUCCUGGGCCAGGAAUUCUAUUGUGAAAACUGAGCAGACCAUGUGGAAUCUGGAUGUUCCUCAGCUUUGAAGACCUUUCUCGCAAUAGUAGCUAUGUCUGCAAUAUUAAUGUGUUUUUAUAAUUAACUUUGCUUAGUAAGCAUUGUCUUUCAUUUAGACAAUGCAAAAUUGCUUGUAGUACAGACACAAAGCAUAGACACGUGGUAGAUAUCCUGCUAUUAACUAGAAAGUGGUGGCAUUUUCUCUUUUAAAAAAAAAUUUUAUUUUCAAAGCCUUUUCUCUGGAAAUGUGUAUUUCCAGUUUUAUUUCUCGUAUGGCUUGUAUAUCAGUUGCCAAUAUAGUAUGAAUGCAGAGUCCUCACUAAUUUUUCAGCAGAAAUCUAGGUUACUGCACGCAUUACUUUUGCAAGACCAAGGGUUUUGAUUUAUGUAUUUAGAAAUAGCUACUUCAAACUACAACCAGAUUAAAAGUAGCCCCUUCAGAUUGGGCCUGGAGGUCAUAGGUUGGGCAAAUUGGUCAGCUUGGUUUUAAUCAGUUUCUUAUUUUCCCUAUUGUGAAUUCAUAAUAUUUUCAUAUCACUUUACAAAUAUAGCAAAAAAAAGUCAGUGAAAAUUAAUAUGACGUUUCAUGCCCAUUUAUCCCAAGGUGCACAUUUGCGUGCAUUGUUCCUAGCCUUUUAAAUGACAGGGUUAGCGACACCUAAGGCAGUCAAAUAACCCAUAAAUUAAUCCAGAGUGGCUUAAUUUGGAGCUAAACUAACUUCCCCUAGUCAGCUAUCCCUUCCCUUUUUUUGAAACAGAGAUGUCAUCCUAAAGUACCUUUGGAAAGGAUGGCUUUUCUAGACACCAUGGCUGUCAUUUCUUGUUUAUUUUUUUACUUCCUGUGGCAACAUAGUGGUGGUGGUGGGAGUUCCAAGAAGACCUGACUUCUUGGUGGAAACUUGGAGAAUUUGAAAAUGUUUGCUCCCCAGUUGAUUGGUCAUUGGCAAUUGUGGGCUGCCAGGGAAGGGGGGAAGCCUAUUAACUUUCAUGUCACUUCUGUGAAAAAGCUUCAAGGGAUAAAUGCUCCAGUCCUACUUGAGGACAAAAAUUUAUGCUGUUUGUUCUGGUUACAUUCCACUUCUGUUAUAAAAACAGCAAACUUUAAAUAUAUUUCCCUUUAAUUUCAUUUAAUCCUAUGAAUUGCCUUAUCCCCCACUCCCCUACUUGAAUCGAUAUUCCAAUUGCUUGCAACUAUAAUUAGGCCACAUCUUUUUACAAAAUAAUAAUAACUUAUGUGAUAAGUAUAGAACAGGAUGUCUUUCCUAUUGCUCUUGAUGUUUCUCAUCAUCUUCUUGAAAGAUUCAGGAGUGAGACAGUAACCAGAGCAAAUUAGAGUGAAUCUGUAAUGGUAUGUGGGAAAGACCUUGUGAGAUGGGGGGAAGAGAUGCUGCCUAGGGAAUGGUCAGAUAAGAGAGGGUAUAGCCCUCAGGUGCAUAGUGAGAAGAACAAGAAGCUCAGAAGGGACCCUCCUUAGCUUGUGAACAAGAGCUUUAUUUCUCUGAGGACUUCCUGUAUUACCAACGAAAAUGAACCCUAGUGAAUCUGUCUUUAACUUUUCUGCUGUUAUCCAUCAUUUCAAGAGUUUAUGUGCAGUUGAAGCAAUUGAAGCAAUAAAGGCAGAAGGCUUCUUCAUGUAUGCACUUGAACUUGAGGAGAACUUCAAACUGAAUCAAGUUCUGAACCUGUAAGAGUUUGAAAGUAGACUGACUACAAACCCACCUGUUGCUUUCUCUGACUGCCCUGACUUUAGUUGGUGAUCUGAAGGAUCUGUACUUGCAUUUGCUUGAAUGAAAGCAUCGUUCUUUGUGGCAUUAUACCCUAUUUUAUUAGAGAUCCAAAUCACAUUGAUAGAUGUUUUCAAGGAAGCUUCUGUCAUUCAGACCUCCAAGCUGAACAUAUGAGGUAGAGGAGAAACUACAGGUAGGCCAUUUCUGUGACCUAGUCCUCGGUUUAUUCAUAUCUGAGAAGGGCAGACUCACCUUCACAUCCUAAACUGCUUUGCCUAUUAUUGAGAAACAGUAAGCAAGUAAGUUGAUAUUAGGGUGUUGCCAUCAAAUCACAUACUUCCCACUGGUGUCAGUGUAAUCUGAUCUUGCAAAAUGACAAUGCUCCUUUUUAUUGCUCGAGUCCUUCAUGUGUUAUAGCUAUGAAAAUGGGAGCUUUUAUUGUCCACUGAGCUGAAUGGUAUCCCUGAGGAGAAUGUUUAGUUUGCUUUUUUUGUUGAUCAUGGAGACAAAUUUAAAAUUACAGUCAUUUUUUAUCAUUUUCUUCUGGGUAAGUUUACUGAUUGUGUGUGACAGAGCUUACAUAAGAUAUUAUUCCACGUAUAACCUUAAUUUUCAUAAGCAGCAAACCGGAAGACUUUUUUUUUUUCUUGCUAUAAUUCAGAUCAAAUGCUGACACAAAUCUCCUCUUAUAUGUAUAUUCAAGUUAGGGAAGCUGAAGUAUAAAUUUAUACAUUUGUGAAAUAAUUGUCUAUUGGUCUACAUUUAAAACAUUGUAGAAUCUGUAUUUCAUGAGCAUUGUGGAAAUGAUGCAAUUUAAAUAAAAUUC